UUCCCUUUAUUAUCACAGCAUUUGCGAUCGGCUAUAAUUUGCCUCGGUUCAAAUCUGUCUUACGUCGGACGGUAAUCAUACCGCGAAACCCUGUCCGCCACCGAAGCUGAUGACCCUCGUAUGGUUCGAGUCACUGCCCUGUUCCGCCGGUCGCGUUCUUCACGUUCCUUGCUGGAACGCAUUGCUCCGACACAGCAGCUGUCGAGGUUGAAGGUAAUGCCUCGUUUCUUGUCGCUACUUCGUCACCACCAGAGUCCGCGCGACAUCAUAAUCCGUGCCCGUUAUGUUUACGCUCAGUGUCUCCAUUGGACCUCAAGCAGCUUGGACUCGAAGCAAGUGGGUAGUUGCUGGGCCAAUCGCGAGGACGAGCCGUCGCUCCACGAAGGGUCUUCAAGUGCCGGGUCUUUAUCACUGAAAGGCCACGAGAAGCUCCAUGCUACGAUGUCAAAGACGGGUCCAUUCACUUCGAGUGAGCGGAUUCUGGGUAUUGAUCACCCGGGUUGUGACAUUGAUGGUGCUCGUAAGGUCCUCGAUGAUAUGCUUACGAGAAGCUCGUCCUCGUGGAAUAUGAUAAUAUCUGCCAGCAGGCUGAAUGGUGAAGCAGUGGGUCUUUUUUGUCGGAUGACAGCUGAAAAUAUUCGUCCUGACGAGAACAUAUUCGCUUCGGUUUUGAAAGCCUGCUCAGGCAAUAGAAUUUCCCUCCAUCUUGUCAAAGAGAUUCAUGGUAAAAUUGUUUGUCAUGGUUUUGGGACUAGCCCAUUGGUGUGUAAUCCGCUAAUCGAUCUGUAUUCCAAAAAGGGGUUCAUUGACGACGCCAAAAGGGUUUUUGUAAUGUUGCACUCUAGGGACAGCACUUCUUGGGUCGCGAUGAUUUCUGGUUUUUCUCAAAAUGGUCGUGAGAGAGAAGCUCUUCUCUUAUUCUGUUGGAUGCAUAAUAAUGCAGUUCGGCCAACACCGUAUCUUCUCUCCAGUAUACUGAGUGCCUGCACAAAGAUUGAGCUGUUCAAGCUUGGAGAGCAGGUCCAUGAUCUCAUUUUAAGGUGGGGAUUCUCCACUCAAAUUUGCGUAUGCAAUGCUCUUUUAACAUUGUACUGCCGAGUAGAAGACUGGACAUCUGCUGAGCUGAUAUUUAGUGGGAUGGAAUUUAGAGAUGGCGUGUCAUACAACUCGCUUAUAGCUGGGCUCGCUCAACAUGAACUUUUCAAUGAGGCUGUAAAGCUAUUUGAUAGUAUGCUGGCUGACUGCUUCAGACCAAACCAUGUUACUGUAGCAACCCUCCUGAGUGCUUGUGCUGAUGCUGGGUAUCUCCAGACAGGAAAACAACUUCACUCAUAUGCAGUAAAAACAGGAAUUCUGUCCGAAGUUGUUAUUGAAGGUUCGCUGCUUGAUCUGUAUGUGAAAUGCUCCGACAUAAAAACUGCACAUAAAUGCUUUCUCUCAACUAAUAGACAGAAUGUGGUCUUAUGGAAUCUGAUGCUUGUUGCAUUUGGUCAGUCAGGCAAUUUGAUUGAGUUGCUUGAGAUACGUAGUAAGAUGCAGAUUGAAGGCAUUGUGCCAAAUCAAUAUACAUACCCAAGCAUACUUAAAACCUGCAUCUCUUUGGGAGCUCUCUACCAAGGGGAACAGAUACACUCUCACGUCAUCAAGAGUGGAUUUCAGCAUAAUGUGUAUGUCUGCAGUGUGCUAUUAGAGAUGUACGCCAAAUGUGGAAAGUUAGAUACUGCUCGAAAUAUACUUAAUAGACUCACCGAAGAUGUUGUCUCUUGGACGACAAUGAUUGCAGGGUACAUACAUCACGAUUUAUUUGCUGAAGCUUUACAACUUUUCAAAGAAAUGCAGAACCAAGGUAUCCAAUUAGAUAAUAUCGGAUUAUCAACUGCCAUCACUGCAAGUGCUGGUGUCCCAGCACUCAAUCAAGGACGCCAGAUACAUGCGCAGUGCUGGGUCUCUGGUUUCUCACUUGAUCUGUCAAUUGGAAAUGCACUUCUUAGUCUUUACAGUAGAUGUGGUAGAAUAAAAGAAGCAUAUUCAGUAUUUGAGAAGGUUGAUGUUGAAGAUAACGUAUCAUGGAAUGCACUGAUAUCUGGGUUUGGACAGAGUGGUUGUCAUGAGGAGGCACUGCAGAUUUUCGCUCGGAUGAAUAAAGCUGGAGUUGAAGCUAACUUAUACACCUUUUGCUCUGCUGUAAAAGCAGCUGCUAGCACAGCAAAUAUGAUAUUGGGGAGGCAAAUUCAUGCUGCAAUGAUAACAACAGGUUAUUAUUCCAAAACUGAGGCUUCCAAUGCCUUGAUCACAUUGUAUGCGAAAUGUGGCAGCAUUUGCGAUGCCAAAAGGGAAUUUGAUGACAUGCCUGAAAAAAGCGAGGUUUCUUGGAAUGCCAUUAUAAAUGGUUAUUCUCAGCAUGGAUAUGGUGUAGAAGCAGUGGAUUUGUUUGAUAAGAUGAUGCAGCAAGAAAUGACACCAAAUUCCAUUACCUUUGUGGGAGCUUUGUCUGCAUGCAGCCAUGUUGGAUUGGUAGAGAAAGGACUCAAGUAUUUCGAGUCUAUGGAAGUAGACUUUUGUUUGGUGCCAGAACCUGAACAUUAUGUCUGCAUUGUGGAUCUUCUUGGUCGUGCAGGCCAUCUGAGGCGUGCCAAGAGGUUUGUGGAGGAGAUGCCAAUAGAACCAGAUGCCAUGAUUUGGAGGACUCUAUUAAGUGCCUGCACAAUCCAUAAGCAUGUGGAAAUUGGUGAAUUUGCUGCCCACCAUCUUCAAGGGAUAGAACCUGAAGAUUCAGCUGCUUAUGUUCUCCUAUCAAAUAUGUAUGCAUUAACUGGAAAUUGGGAUCUCAGAGAUUCAACGAGGCAAGUGAUGAAAGAGAGAGGUGUGAAGAAAGAACCAGGUCGUAGCUGGAUAGAGGUCAAAAACUCAGUCCAUGCCUUCUAUGCAGGUGAUAGACUACACCCAUUGACCGAUGAGAUAUACAAAAACCUGGGGGAUCUGAAUUCCCAGGCAGCAGAAAUCGGUUAUGUGGAAAAUCAAUGUAGCCUGUGGAGUGAUGCUGAGCAAGGACAAAAAGACCCUAUGAUGUUUGUUCACAGCGAGAAACUGGCCAUUGCUUUUGGUAUUCUUAGCUUGCCUGAGUUAAUCCCAGUCCGGGUAAUAAAAAACAUUCGUAUCUGUGACGACUGUCACAAUUGGAUCAAAUUUGUAUCGAAGAUAUCAAGCCGAACCAUCAUUGUGCGAGAUGCAUAUCGCUUUCAUCACUUCAAUGGUGGUCUUUGUUCAUGUAGAGACUAUUGGUAAUGAAUGACAGAAAAAAGUCAAUCAGGAAAAUGACUGAUUCAGGGGAAUGAUAUUACAUUGUAAUUCUCCGAGAUGAGAGGCACUUUCCCAGACUUUUGGUUGGGAGUUUGAGGUAAAGAAUUCCACCUCUCGCUCACUUCUCGUGGGUCGAAGACCAGGCUCGAUUUUUGGUUCAAUGGUGUAUCUCAUUUGUAGCUGCAGAAAUAUUGGAUCUCCUCCCUAUCAUCUGUCUCAAGAGGAUUUAGUUCACAAUCACCCUUUUUCACAUAAUGACUCAAAAUUGGCCAGGUAAGCCACUUAACUGAACUUGCGUAUACCUAGCUCGUAUGGCUACUCUCUCUGAGAAAAAAACGAUACGAGAUUUAUUUCUUCAGCCAUAAACCCAAAAAGAAUCAUGAGCAACUAUGUUUUAAUCGUUUGUAGCCUCACUGAAAUUGGACCCCACUGCCAAUUUGGCUUGUGCUUUUGUGACAGUUCAUGUGUUUUCCUUCCCAAGCAAGAGAGGAAAUUAUUAAACGCAUUUUCCCUCUCUCAGCGCAGUCUGUACACCUUGACAUGGUCUGGUUGUAACAACAGCUCUUUUCACUCUGAUAAUCUGAUGCUACACCUAAACUAUGGCAGGAGAAAUUACCAGGUAACUAUUUGUCAUCCUCUCGUGCUAUUUACUUCUUGAUAUCCAGCUCCAUUCAUGCUGCAAUUGGGCUUGUUAGGAAUUGCUUUUAUUUUCGACUCUAACAGAUUAUACCAUCCUGAUGGCACUUUUCAUAUUUUCUCAAUGCUGUAGGUUUACUCAAGCCCAUAACUGCAUCCUGGCUGAGAAAACCCUUUUCAGUCCUCCAAGAUCAUUGUUGAUGGCUUGGUUGGUAGAUUGUGGAAAUUCUCUCUAUGCCAUAUACAGAAGUGAUGAGGCAGGGCUGCCACGUUCGGCAGAUACCCUAUGACGCAUUCUUCUUCUGUAUAAAGUGGUGGCUAAAUGGUUUAAUGCGCAUAGAUGGAGGGAACCGUCGGGUUAGCCUUGGCAAGAUGAAUCCUUCUGGGAUAUGUCACUUCUGCAGCCUCCAUGGAUGUCCUGAAGAGAAGGUAAUGGGCAGCGGCAGCAGCAGCAGCAACAGUUAUGGAGGUAGAGUAUGCCGAUUGAAUACUAUCUGGUUAAAAGCUAACGUAAGUUUCAUGAGCAUCACUCGGCGUGUGGAGGUUAUUCUGGGGAAUGAUCAAUGUCGACUUCUUCCAUCGGUCCUAAUAGUAGAAAAGCAGAAGAAAAGAGAACCUCAUAAGAAAAAUUACUACGAGAGGGCUUUAGUGGGUGGAAAAGAAGGCAAUUCGCGAGAUUAUGAGAGUAUCCGCCCGUGCCGUGUAUCUAUUCCAUAUGAAUUGCGACAAAAUGAUCAAAUGAAUUGGUCUUCGCAACUUGCCGUG